AUGGUGCGAAAUCUGAAGUCAAUUCUUUCGAGGAGCUCUUAUCAAUUUCAACAGCGUCUUCAAACACAGACAUUUUCUUCUUCUAAUGGAACCUCAAUUUCAUCAAACUUGUCUUCACCUCAGCGACCAAGGAAAUUUCAACAUUUUAUCUCGAACAAGUUCGGGAUCUCGGAUUUCGUAAGGAGCUAUAGUAACAAUAAUAGCGUGGACACCUCUGAGGAAGUGAACAAUAUUAACCUCAAAUUUGCGGAGGCUAGAGACGACAUAGAAACGGCUUUAGAUUCGAAGGAAACUGUUUAUUUCAACGAGGAAGCGGAAUGCGCUCGCGACUCUGUGAAAGAAGUUUUGGACAUGUUCGAAGGUCUUCUGGAGAAAGUUCCAGAAGUAGAAAGAAAUGCGUUAAGGAGAUCUAUGGGAUUAAAAAUGGAGCAAUUGAAGGCCGAACUUGCUCAAUUGAACGAAUGA